ACACUGAAAGCUAAACCAGGAAGGAAGUUGCCACCACUGUGCUAAAUGGGAGUGCUACAGUGGCAUGUGCUUGAUUUUGAGAAAAUCAGAACUCUUCAGGUUAGCACUAGGAGUUCUCACCAUGUUUAUUUUAUGUUUACCUGAGUUUUUCAAAGUCCAUGAAGCUAACACCGUAGUUGUAUCGUGCAUGGAUACCUGUUCAUUAAAUAACACCACCUUUCCACUUUGUACUUUUAAUACUUCUUGCAAAAGAUCGCUGCAACAAAAAAGAGAAAAUCAGAUUGUCUUACUGAAGACCAUUGUAAAUCAUUCAGAUUUCCAAAAUAUUCCAUGUAUUUGCCUCUCCUCAAGUAGGGAACAACAGUCAAAUACUAAGUACUCAGAGUUUGAAUCCAGCAGAGAUGUGAACGUUGAUCAUCAAGAAUCAAGAUCAAUAGAUAAAAAAACAAAAGACUCAUCUGAAGUGAACACAGAAGAUGCUAUUUCUUUUUAUAAAUAUUUUAAUUUCACCAUGCUUCAUGCAAAUGAAGAAGUAGAGCACAGCACCUACUACAGUCUGGAAAUCCACAUCAACAACUCCAUAGUCAGAGGAAGAAACGCAGCUGAAUACCUAAAUCACUCUUGUCUCAUGGAUAUGAUCAGUGACCAAAAGGGCUGUAUGAAUAUUUCACUGCAACUGAAGUCUUAUGUGGAAUAUCCAAUGUGUAUGACGAAGAUCAUAUGGCUCACUAUGAUUCCAGUUGUCAUUGUCAUGACUGUUUCAGUUGUCAUCUACAAAAUAGUCCAAGAAAAUGGCCAAAACUAUUGUAAGCAUAGAGGAGCAGCAACAGUUUCUACUGAUCAAUGGAAAAGUGGUUCCAGUCAUGAUGUAAGAACCAUUUCUGCUACUAAAGUUCAUCUAUUUUCUGUGAAAACCAACGAAGAACCGAUUUCACUUACUGCACAGGCCAUAAAGAUACUGCCCAUAAUUCCUGAACAAGAACACUGUAUCUGAGUACAUCAAGUAUUGAAUGUACGUGGUACCAUAUGAAAUACAAUUUCUAUUGCAUGAAAGAAAGAAACAAUACACCACAGAAGACCAGAUCUCUAUUUCCAGUUUGGGAACUCUGUUAUCCAUCUUUUUAGGAGAAUGCCAGCUGUGCAGUUUAGUUGAGAAGCUUUAUUUUAUCUAACAGAACUACUUGGUAUUAAGAAAAUAUGAAUAAUGAACGAACACACUUUGCUGUAGAAUCAACUUCAUUUGUAAAUUAUGGAUUCCCAUCUAUUUUCUGUUCAUUCAAGAUUUAUGCUUAAUCAUAAGGUCCUGAAAUAAUCCAUGCAAUAAUUUAUUUUUCUAACUGGGAGGAAAUUUAUAUUCUCCAUAGAAUAAAAUACUGAUAAAAGAUCGAAAUCAACCUAUGUUUUCAUGAAAUGAGUAUAGUUUUCAGGUGACUGAGAUGCGAAAGAAAGAUCAUUUCUAGCUGUUGAGGAAGAUGGCCAACAGAACACAGAAGGAGAGAGUUCUGCAGUACAUUUUAAUUUCUGCAGCAAACUAGGAAGGCAUUCAUAAAUUCUGCAACAUCUCGGGGGAAAAAGAAAAAAAAAAUGUGGAAAAUUUGUACAUUUGGCUUAAAUCCACUAAAUCAUUAUUAUUGUUUUAUUUUAUAAGCCAUUAAGAUGCCAAAUGGGUUUUGUACUUUUUGAAAAAUUGCAUUUCUAUUUUUUGGAUUAGCUUAGGUCAUUAGUAUUCAAACUCAUUAUCUCCUGGAACUUUUCCUUACUUUCCAUUUAUUACUGCUCCUCAGAGCAUAAUGGAGCUGUUUGGGCUGAGCAGGGUCCCAAAGUCAUUCGGCUCUAACACGUUAUUUGUGCGUAUAAUCUAACCAUAAAUUAGUAGGCAGAGACAGAAAUUGCAGAGCUAGGGCUUCAGACUCCCUUGUGCUAAAUCCAUCAGGAUGAACAGAUUGUAAACUGCCCAUUGCAAAUAUGAUAUGCAGCAAUUUAGCGUCACGUUAAUACUUCAUAACCUUCAUCCCUUACAUUUAUAUAGCUUUUCCCUCCUGAAGCUUUCUGAAAUUGCUUCUCCAGCCACUGCACUGCAUGAUGCGGUUCAGAUUUAAUAGGAAUAGUUGUGAACAUUAGCUUCAGAAUAAUUUGAGCCCAUAUGGUUUUUUUUAAGUUUAGUUGUACAAAACUGUAGCAUUUGUUUCUGUUGUUUGUUAACAUCUUGUAAAAAAAAAGUCAAAGAAAAAUACUGACUUUCUUGAUUUAGGGGCUUUUCAGUUUCAUUGCUUAUCUAUGGUAAUAACUUAAAGCUUUUCAGAAAUGGAUUUUUUAAUGCAGUCUAUAAAAUAAACCUCCACCCCCCCCCCCCUUUCUG